CAAGAGGAGCCAGCUGCAAAGUCCCGCCCCAGGUGCUCCGGCCACGCCCUACGGCCAGUCACGUGAGGCGCCAAGAUGGCGGCGUCGAAGCCGCAGGCAUGCUCUGAAUUCGGGGAUACUGGUGUGUUGCUGAAGGAAGCUAGAGAAGCGCCCCAGGACAUCAAGAUGGCAAUUUAUACAUAUGGUCAGCUGAUUCCUUCUCUAGGGGAUGCAAAAUUCAGACCAAUGAUCUCCGAAAUCAUUGAAAAACAGCUUGAAUAUUAUAAAAAACCUACCUUAAAUAUAUAUGGAACUUUAUACUUUGGAACUACUAGUGCUAUGUCUGGACUAGUAGCAAACAUCAUUUUCAGAAACAGUUUCAAGGUUCAACAUGAAGCACUGAAGACCUGUGUAUACUUGACUACCCUUCCAUUUUUGGCUACCAUCAUUACUUACAAGCUCUUUGUAACUGAUGCUUUGCAUUCAGGUAACUUAAGCAAGGAAAACUGUAUUAUGAGAAGUGUACUGAUUGGUGUGGGAUGUGGUAUUUUAUAUCCCAGUGCUCUGGCUUUUCGUAAAAAUGGACAUUUGGCAGUUAAGUAUCAUUCCGUUCCACUGCCACCAAAAGGAAGAGUUAUACUCCAUUGGUUAAUCCUUAGUCAAACUGGGAUGAAAUUAAUGUCUGCUCCUCUAGUAUUUCAGGCAGUCUUUGGAGUGAUUCAUGGCUCUCACCACCAUGCUUUAUGUGAAAAACUACUUGGAAAAAAGUGUGCCUGAAAAUUAACCAUAGAAUCAGUGGAGGCCAAUUCGGCAGAAUGGACUUUUUUAAAAGGACUUGGGCACUGGUCAAAGAGUGAAAAGUAACUCUGCUCCUUUUGCCUAGUAUUUAUCAGAUACUCAGUAAAUAUAAAUGUCAAACAAGUGCA